AUGAAUGCCAAACUUACAGGUGGAUGGAAAGGUGGUAGUUUACUCAAAAACAAUGUAAAACGAUAUGUGCUGGAGUUGCUUAAACAUGCGCAAGAAAAGAUCGCUAAAGAAUAUGUUGAGUUUAUUCCGGUUGUAGGAUUGGCUUUGAAAGUAGUCGAGUUCACUCGUGUAACAAUGACUGCUCUAAAUAACUCAUUAGACGAAUUGCAAACAGCAGCCACUUCGACAAUUGAUCUUAUUCAAUAG